UUAUUUGGGUGCCGCGUCCCUGUCCGACCACCGGGUGGUGGUUAGCCUCCGGGUUGGCCGAGCCAGGAAAGCUACCGCUCCUCCUCUUCUUCUCCUCCCUCCCUGGCUCCCUCCCUCCCUCUCGUCUCCUCGCCAAGAACGCACUGAGUCCAUUCCUCCUCUUCCCCUCCUAUCGCCUCUCUCUGCCCCUCUCCUCCCCGGAGAUUCCUGCUCCUCCCGACUCCCAAGGGUUAUCCUAUUCACUCUGCCUGCUGCCAAGGCCAACUAGGAUAUCAACUAGGAGGAGUUGAGGAGGAAUGGCUGUUGGCGGAACUCAACCGGUCCUCAGGAAGUACCUAGGUGCCCUCAAGGACACAACGACUGUGAGCCUGGCAAAAGUGAACAGUGAUUAUAAGGAAUUGGAUAUUGCAAUUGUCAAGGCCACAAACCAUGUUGAGCGUCCAUCAAAGGAGAAGUACAUAAGAGAAAUUUUCCAUUCCAUUUCUGCUGCUAGGCCACGGGCAGAUGUAGCUUAUUGCAUUCAUGCCCUUGCUAGACGUCUUUCGAAGACGCGCAAUUGGGCGGUUGCGCUAAAGACAUUGAUCGUCAUUCAUCGUGCCCUUCGGGAAGUUGAUCCCACUUUUCGUGAAGAGCUUCUUAAUUAUGGCAGAUCUAGGUCACAUAUGUUGAACAUGGCCUACUUUAAGGAUGACUCUAGUGCAGAAGCUUGGGACUAUUCUGCAUGGGUGCGCAUUUAUGCUUUAUAUUUAGAGGAGAGACUCGAAUGUUUCCGAGUGUUGAAGUAUGAUGUAGAAACAGAUCCUCCGAGGACUAAGGAUCUUGAUACUGUUGAUUUGCUUGAUCAUCUGCCACAAUUGCAGCAACUCCUUUUUCGUCUUCUUGCUUGCCAGCCACAAGGAGCGUCAUCUUACAAUGUUAUAAUCCAGCAUGCACUCUCAAUGGUUGCUUUAGAGAGUGUUAAGAUCUACACUGCAAUUAGCGAUGGAACAAUCAAUCUAGUUGACAAGUUCUUCGAGAUGCAAAGGAAUGAUGCUGUUAGGGCACUUGAUGUAUACAAAAGAGCAACUAACCAGGCUGAACGACUUUCAGAAUUUCAUGAAGUGUGUAAAACUAUACACAUUGGGCGUGGUGAGAAAUUCCUGAAAAUCGAGCAGCCUCCAGCAUCAUUCCUGCAGACUAUGGAGGACUAUGUUAGAGAUGCUCCAACAGGUCAAAAACAAAAGACUAUACUAGCGAUAGAAUACAAAAAAGAGCCAGAGGAGGAAGAAAAACCGGCCUCCCCUCCUCCUGCUCCAGAACAGGAACCGGAACAAGAGCCUGAGCCAGAACCCGAACCAGUGAAAGAGGAAGCACCAGAAGCCGAGCCGGACUUGCUGGGUCUGAACGAACCGAGCCCUGCUGCGACCGCGAUAGAAGAGCAGAAUGCUUUGGCGCUAGCAAUUGUCCCGAUAGAUGAUGUUCCGGGAGCUGCUCCUACUUUUGAGAACGGAGUCACAGGCUGGGAACUGGCCCUGGUGACAGCACCGAGUUCGACCGAGACCGCCGUUGCCCCAAGCAAGAAACUGGCCGGUGGUCUGGACUUGCUGACCCUUGAUAGCCUGUACGACGAGGCGAACCGGAGAGCGAGCCAGCCGGCGAGCUACAACCCCUGGGAUGCAACCGCGUCUGCCCCGAUGAUGACCACCAUGGCGCCGGCGAUGCACGAUCCGUUCUACGCCUCGAACGGGUACGCGGCGCCGCACGGCGUGCAGAUGGCGGCGAUGGCUCACCACCAGCAGCAGCAGCAGGUUUUCAUGCUGCAGCAGCAGAUGAUGGCGCCGGCGCCGGCGGUCCACCACCCGAUGCAGAUGCAGCAGAACCCCGCGAACCCUUUCGGCAACCCCUUCGCGGCCGCCGGCGCGCAUCCCUACGGCGCCGCCGGCAUGCCGCUCCACGCCGGGCCCGGCAACGUCUACACGGGGCUGAUCUGAUCUAGUACCCCACGCGGCCACGCCCGGUGGCCAGUUUCUUGGUUGCGUUAGCGCUACUGUUGCCCCACCAUUCAUUCUUUUUGUCCAAGUUUUCUUGGUGCCAUUGUGAGAAGGAAAUUUGUAGCACAGACAGGCAGGCAGGCAGGUAGAGGCGGUCACGGUUGGUUAUUUAUAAAUAGCAGCGUCGGGUGGUGUCCUGUACGUAGGAGGUGAGUGCAUGUAUAUUAUACAACAUAGAGUUUGGCCACUUGUUCGUGUGCACAUGAGAGUCGAUUCUCGUGGCGGCGAGACUCGUCAGGACGGCCCGUCGAGAUUGAGAUUGGAUUAUUCUUGGUGAACAUACGCUGGAUACGGUUGAAUAAUGCAGGCAUUCUUUUUUUUAGCA